AUGGCUCUCCCCGUCACCGAACUCAUCUACUUCCAGCUCAAGUCGUCCGUGAAACCAGAGGACCCCUCCAAUGAAGAGGGUCAGUCCUUACUCAAUCUAUUCAAAACCACUAAACAACAGAGCGGAUACCGAAGCUCAGCAUGGGGUCGAACAAUUGAAGAUGAGAGCAUCGUCGUAUGGGUAAUUAAAUGGGCCGACGCCCAUAGUAGUAUCCAAACCCACCUUUUAACCCCCUACGUGGAAUCAACCACCCAACCGACCAUCAUCUUCACGACUCUCAACCCAUCCAUCUCUGAAACAGACACAUUAUCAACAAACCCGGUCACAGAGCUCUGCGCUCUCGCGUUUCCCAGUUCCAUGACGCCGGACGCCCGCAAGACCCUCAACGCCGAUCUGAUCAACUUCCGUACAACCCUGACAGAGAAGCUACCGGAGGACUCGCGACCAACAUCCUGGACGAUGGGAUGCGUAGAGCGGCCAGGAACCCUGCAGCAUGAAAAGAGCCCGUCCGGGCAGGCGUUUGUGCAUCUUUUAGUGGUGGGGUGGGAUAGCGUGGAGAAACACAUGGCGGGUAAAACGACCGAAGAGUUCACGAGGUCGAUUCAGCCGAUUCGUGAAAAGAUGCUUGCUCCUCUGCCUGGGUUGGGUAUGAAACAUGUUAGUUUUCAGAAGAUUUAG